AUGGGCAGCGACAACGAGAAGCAACCUCCGGGAGGCCUGGACAAGACCCCCGUCCAGCGGACACCUGGUACGACCUACACUGUCAAAGUCACCUUCCACCGCGCCAACAACAUCCCCGUCUCGGACUUUGGCAAACGCUCCUCGGACCCCUACAUCCUCGCGCAGAUGGAUACCGGUCUACCUAGCCGUCAUUCCGCCGACCCUCCAUUACGGUACCGCUCUCACACGGUCUACGAGAGCACCGAGCCCAAAUGGGAAUCGUCCUGGACCGUCGCGGGCGUACCAGCCUCGGGCUUCGUGCUCAAGGCCCGCCUGUACGACGAGGACCCGGAGGACCACGAUGAUAAGCUCGGCAAGGUGUAUAUCCAGACGGGCAAGCUGAACGACGGGUUCAAGCUCGACCAGCAGGUGUACAAGAUGACCUCGAAGGGGGCGAGCGUCCGGGCGUAUGGCUUGAGGUGGUGCACGAGUAUGGCGAAGCGGGAUAACAUGCACGUCAAGUUGACGGUGUCGAUCGAGGUGCUGGGGAAGACGGAGGAGGAGGUCGGGAAGGCGUACACCAUGAACUGCUUCUGGUGGAAGCAUUUCUCGCCGAUGAUUGGGAAGUUGGCGGGGACAAAGGCACAUGACGAUGAUGCUGGCGUGGAGAAGACAAAUUUCCAAUCGAACGAGUUCCAACUCCGCGGUCCGGUUCCAAAUGAGCUCUACCACCGCUUCGUCGAGUUCAAGCCAUUCAUCGGUUGGAUGUUCAAGCGGAAAGGCAUCAGCGGAUGGGCGCUCCACAAGGCGUUACAUCACCAGCACGAGCGGAUCUACAACUUUGCCCCUACGUCCAAACACGGUCGGUUCGACGGGCCCUGCGAGGAAAUGACAAGUCAGUUCCUCGACAUGGUACAUUAUGAUCUGGGCGGGCGGAUAUUUACCUAUGUCAUCACGCUGGACGGGCUGUUCCGGUUCACGGAGACGGGCAAGGAGUUUGGGAUCGACCUGUUGAGCAAGCACACCAUGCACUCGAACGUACACGCGUACAUCUCUUGGAGCGGCGAGUUCCUUGUGCGGCGGCUAGAACAUCCCAACGAGUCCGCUCGUGAUCCCGAUCAAAAGACUCAUCCUCCGGAUGCUGUCAAGAGCGACAAAGAGGACAAGGACAAGCCGCCGACCGAGCCACGGUUCUACGGGCUCAUCAUCGACAAUGACAGCGGGACGUAUCGGCCCGAGAAAUCCCUCCUCCCCGUCCUUCAACAGUUUCUCGAGAAGAAUCUGGUCGGGCUCCAGAUCGUCACGAUGGCGUGUGACGACAAAAAGCUGGAGAAGAUCAAGGAGGAACAGGUGGAGGUGAAGAAGAAGGAAGGGGAGCAUAUGGUCAUUGGGCAGGGGAGCGAUGCGUCCAGUAUAUCCAGCUCGGAUGUGUCGGAGUUGGAGGAUAGGGCUGAGAAUCCAAAGGAGACGCUGGCGGGCUUGUUACCAGGGAAGGGGACAAAGACGAGGGAAAAGAGGGAGGAGAAGGCAGACAAUGCGGCGGCGGAGCAGACAGCUGCCAGGUAG